CGGCAGCGGCGGGUGCGCGCGGGAGCCGGGCCCUCGGCGGGACGUCCGCGGUGUGCUCGACCCUUUGCCUUUCUCCUUUCUUUUAGUAGAGUUUUUUACGGUGUUUUUCUUCUUUUUUCCCCGUUCCCUGCCAGGACUGGGAGCAGGACCCGCGCCCCUGGAACUGCUAUGCCAACUGAACUCCGCAGGGCCGUGAGAAUGCACGCCAUCUCCGACCUGCACUCCUCCCUCACCCUGCGGCUCCUCAACAAGGGGCCCGAGUACCUCCGCAGGCAGAUGGAGGCCGGCAACUCCGGCAGGAGAAGUGCCGUGGAGAGGCUAGCAGCCGAUAAGGCCAAGUACGUAAAAAGCCAGCGGGUAAUCAGCACCACGCAGGAGCCCGUCAUCAUGCUGAGCUCAGCCUCGGAGAGCAGCAGCGAGACCUGCUCGGUGGAGAGCAAGAAACCCAGCAGGGACUUUGGGAGAGGGAAGGGCGCGAAGCCGCUGGAGCUGGCGAAGGCGGUGUACUCCUGCCGGGCCCCCCUGCAGCACGGCCCCCCCAUAGCCAGGCGCAGCACCCCCAGGAGGCAGAUGCGGCCGGACUCCCUGGUGAUUUACCGCCAGAAAUGCGAGUUCGGGAGAGGUCAAAGUCAGGACAGCUCACGGGGGAGCUUGGUGAGGAGGAUCUUCCAAGGGUCUGUAAAGGAGAAGCAGCUGCCUUCCCCUGAGAUGCCUAGAGUCAUGGAGGACACUGCAGCUACCGAGAGCAAAGAGCCUCUCUCAGAAAAGGACAGUGACCAUGAGCUGAGCAACCAUGGAGUGGAGCAAGCCAUCCCAAUGAGCACUGAAGCACCAGGGGUAUGUACAAAACAGCAUGAGGGGCCCUCAAAACUGAGUAUACCUCCUGAGGAGGUCAAGGAGGUGAAGAGGAGAGGUCUUCAUCGCUCGCAGUCAGACAUCAGCUCUCGCUACUCCAAGUCUUUCUCCGAGUUUGAUACAUUUUUCAAGUACUGUGGCCUGGAUCAGGAGGUCAUCGAGGAUCUCGGGAGAGAGAACUUCUCUGUGGUGUCCGACAACAUCUCCUUCAAGAUCCGCAGCAUCAGCGUGGCAACGUCCGACAGUGACUUCACGAGGCACAGCGGGGACGAGGGGCUGCUGGAGGAUGAACUCACAGAGCAGAUCCCGAGCAGCACCUCCGUGAUUGAGCGCAAUGCUCGGAUAAUCAAAUGGCUAUUCACGUGUAAGAAAGCUAAGGAGGCUAACAAAGUGAUCCAGGAACUGGCAUGAUGGCUUCUUUCAGCGUGCAUUGCAGCCUCAAGAAUCCUUGGAAGUUGAAUAAAACCAGAUGCAGGAAGAAACUCUUCCCUCAUCUAGCUCAUGAAUGCAUUGUCCAAGUUUAGUAUUUUAUUAUUAUUGCCUUCUACCCUCAUCUGCUUUCCUCUUACCACAAACACAGGAGCUUCUAAGAGCACAAUGACAAGUCGAGACUGUGAACUGUGCUCCAGCAAAGCAGCAAGAAAUGAAAGCGCCUAUAAAACCAAAGCAUGGCAGAAGCUGCCCUCCACGGUAACAUUCAGCAUCAGCUCACUGCCCCAGGAUGCUGUUCCAGGCUGUGACAGAAGGUCUGUGUUGUGCAUCCAUCUCUUUCCAGCAAUGAAUUUGUCAACAGGGAUAGGGGGAGAAAGUGGGAAUGAAGUGGCAAUGACCUCUGGGUCAGGCGUUUUCUUGAGGGCAGACAGGCUCCACCCAGAUGUUCAAAGGCUCUGUCUUGCCAGGGCUGUUUGACUAGGGCUCAUCCUGACAUCAUUAGAUGUUAUUUGUUUGGCUGGUGAGGACUAACUGUGGCAGCUUUAUCUGGGAUACUUGGCAAACAUGUUGUAAGCUAAACCCUGCCAAGCCUCUUUCUAUGAGAGUAUUCAAGCCAAACUGGAGUUUGUAUCCAUUAGUUUGUCUCACAGCUUGCUCAAGCCGGUGGGGAGGAGUAGCAUGUUUCCAAGAAACAGGUAGUUAAAAAUAAGGGAGGGUUUUGCAUUGUUACUGCCUUGCUGCAAAACAGUACGAUUCACAUUGUACACAGGCUCUUUCACUUUGUUUGCAAUACAUCUCCAACUCUGGCAUUGCAAACAUUGCAAGGUUUGGUAGGUUGUGCUUUAGCACAUUUAAUUUUAUUCACCAUGAGUGAGCAGUGUGCUUAGGAAACUAUAUCCUAGGCUAUGUAUGGCCACACUUCCCUAGCAUGGGUCUGGAGUACAGGCUGUGCUUGGGAUGUGCAGGACAGCAUCCCAGCGCUGCAAGGCAAGUCAUGUCAGGGCACAGCAGUGCCAGCUAAAUGUCCUGGUAGGGUGGAAUGCCCAGCAUGAACAACACCUUGCUCACUAUCAUCAAUAAAAUACUUCAAUUGGACUGGCUAAAUGUGUUUUAAAAGCUGAUAAAAAGUACUUUAGAUCAUCAGUGUAUUGAAUGAGGCCUCUACAGCAACUUAUGGAAUUUGCUGGCUGUGCCUCAAACAUUUACCUCAGUCUGUCAUUGCUUGCUAAAAAAUGUCUUGCACUGAAGCACUUCUCUGUGGACACUGCAAACCGCACAAAAAUGCAACACCCCCACACUCCCCGCCAAAAAAAUCCCAGCUGUCAAAGCCAAAUCCUUUCAGUUGCACCAAUGCCCCUCUAUGAUAGCUGCACAGCUGGCAUAGCAAUGACUUGACCUGAGGGGGCUGCAGAGGUUAAACGUUUACUUUGUGUUGCCAUAGAUGUGGGGUGCCAGUGUCUGUCUUACCUGACCGUCAGACCUGCAGUGCGAGGAGUCCGGAAACACCAAAUUUCAUUCUGUGCAUUCCUCCUGCCUGCAGCAUGGCAGCUCCCACCACUGCCUCUCCUGACCCAAAACAGCUGCUGGCACAGCUGGGUGGAUGCUGACCUCAACUGAGCGCUCACGCUGUGUUUCUGAAGUGUUUGCCGCUCUCCGUAAAUGCAUCUGAAGGAGCUGAAAGGGCAAGAGUGAGCAUCAAAGAUUCAAUAAAACAUUGAUGGUAGGAGGAACCUACGCCAGUGUUGUGCACUGAAAGAGUUUGCCCUUCAGGUACUCAUCACUUGGUGUAGUUGACAUUGGUUAAAUUCACUGCAAGAUCAUCUGGGUUCCAUUUUUAUAUCUGUUAAAUGUACUUGUUCUCAGUUACAGACAUAGUCUGGGAAUGCAGGGCAUUUGUCUUCAUUUUCUAGUGUUGUGUACUAAGGUCUACAUGUCUGCAGUUGUUGGGAUGGAUGGAUAACAAUUCCAGAUAAAAUAAUUGUUGAAGCUGCUGUCCACUUGGGAGAAAAUUAGCUUGCUUGAGUGAGCUUCUGAAAGCUUAAAGGGGAAGGUAGUGCAUAGGGAUACAUUCAUUAAAUAAUUAACUUUCUAUGUAUAUUUGUUACAUUAUUAUUAAAGGAAGAUUCUCAGAAAACUCCAACCCAAGAUGCUGCUAAUGUGGUAAGAUCUGCGCACCUAAGGUGCAGGUUUUUAAGGGAAGAGGCCUAGGUUUAUUAGUCAAGAAUACAACUUGGUGUAUCUGUUCUUUUCAUUAUCACUUUGCAAGGUGCUGUACUACAUUAAUACUCAUAUGCAUUUGUCAGAGCUAAGGUGUGCUUUUCUUUGAAAAUAUAGAUGACUGUAGACAGCUCAGACUGCAAGAAAAAUGUUUUGUGUUACAAACCUGUGCCCCACCACUGAAGAGUGUUAUUUUCUUUUGUUUUCAAGAAAAAGUUUGUUUGCACUUUCAAACUUCCAGGUUUUUUUUGCUCUUUUAGUUGAGCAGCUCCCAAAAGUUAAGAUGAAAGAUGUGUGGGUCAUGAGUUUUCAAUGUUCGAAAGAAAUAUGUUUAAUUUGCUUGAAAGUACUGAGCAUCAGCCUUUCUCAAAAUUGAUGGCGGUUUUAUGGCAGAGGUCAGAAAGAUCAGGACUGGCUCCAUAAUGAAUAUUUUUUAUCUCCUGUUUUUGUCUUUAUGAACAGUUCAUUGGGUUGCUGUGACUUUCCACACUGAUGACUGGCAAAAUCUCCAGUAGGAAUCCCAGUUUAUCCCAGGUAUCAUUUACUUCAGAGACCAUGUGGUCCCAUCUAAGAUCUUCCCCUGAUAAGCUAUAGAGUCCCUUUAUUCAAUAAUAACCUCUGGGUAAGCCAGUAACCUACCUUUCCUAGUAUGCCAGAACUAGCAUAGAUGGCGUCAACCACAGAUGACAAUCCUUCUUUCUGUGUACAUCUUGGGAAUGGAUAGUUCAGUUCUUUUUCCAAAAAGUAGGAGCUCUGCGCUUCACUGAGCUCCUGUUACUGUUACAUGUGAAGUCUUUUCCUUGCAGUCUUUUGGGAAACCUAAAAUUGGGGCUGAGGUCAAAGGCAAGUCAUAAAUUGAAUUAUUUUGUUUGACUAAAGUUAUGUAAACUAAAACAGUCAAAUGGAGUGCAAGCGUGCAGUGCUAAGUGCUGUUUCUACCCAAGUGUUUCAGGGUGCUCCAGUGCUAUGAUGAGGGCAAUGUCCAUGGCUGUACUGUAACAGGCAAAAGGUGCAAAGUCUGCGUUUUAUGGCCUGAAAACAAGUAUUUGCAAUAAGGGUAUCAGAGAGAGACUGUAAACUUUGCAAUAUAUUGUAAAUAUUACUGUACAGAAAUCUAUAAGUAAGAAAUACAGAUUGUUCUAUAAUACAUAUAUUACUUUUCUAAGAGAUAUGAGUCCUUGUAUUUAGUAAAAUGGGCCAAACAUUACACUGAUUAAGCAGAAACUUUCUCCUGGGAGCAGGUUUUUCUGUAAUUGCCUCCUGUGAAGUUUCUUACGUCUGCUUUUGAAUCCUUGGAAAUGGAGUACUGGUCAGAUCUGGUAUGGAUGUUUCUAUAUUGAUAUGUUUAUAUUCCUAUUAAAGAACCUGUGUGCUGCUGAAUGCAUACAAAUAAAGUUAUCACUCUGAAAGUU